CGUGACGUCACUGGGACCGAUGAGUCCCCUUCCUUACAUAGGCAACUGGAACUGUUCAAGUGCCUUGUGUUCGUAGUCCUGCCUUGUGUUUCGGUGUAGUUUUGCGAUGUGCUUUUCCUUUUCCUAAAUGACGUGAUACACGGGUGGAUUCGAAGACGCACCGCAUCGUGCUUUUUUGGCCGGAUUCUUUUUGUAGAAAAACGGAAAACAGAAAAAAAAAAGUUUGAAGUUCUGCCAAGAUGAUGUUCAACACCGCCUGUACAAGUCUGAGCUUACUCCUGCUUGUCUUUGUUAGUACAACACACUGCCAAGUGAAACAAAUCACUAAAAGUUCCAAGAAAGCGCCAGAAAAGCUCCUGAGCAAUCCUUGCAGCGGCAGGGAAACAUGUCAUGAGUGCUUCACAUUCGACUCUGACUGUGGGUGGUGCUUGAAGGAGGGCUACACAAAUGAUGGAAAGCCGAGAUGUGAUACUCUCAUCAACUUGGCCGAGUACUGCCCUAACGACUACUUCCACCCCAAAAACACAAUGACUAAAAUCACGGACUCCGAGUUGAGCAACAAGGGGGUUAGAGAAGGCGAGGCGAUUCAGAUCAAGCCACAAGAAAUCAGGCUCAGAUUGAAGCCAAAGUCGCCGUUCCCGCUGAAUGUGGAGUUCAAGCAGGCGGAGGACUACCCCGUGGACCUGUACUACCUGAUGGACCUGUCCAACUCGAUGAAGGACGACAAAGACAAGCUGGCCCUCCUGGGAGACCUGCUGGCCGAGGAAAUGGGCAAGAUCACCUCAAACUUCCGGCUGGGCUUCGGCUCUUUUGUGGACAAGGUCGUCAUGCCUUACGUCAACACCGUGCCCGAAAAGCUGCGUGUCCCGUGUGAUGGCUGUGUUGCGCCCUACGGGUUCAAGAACCACAUGCCACUGAACUCCAAGACGGCCUCCUUCAAGGAGCAGGUGAACGAGGCACAGGUCUCUGGCAACCUCGAUGCCCCCGAAGGCGGAUUCGAUGCCAUAAUGCAAGCCGUCGUCUGUCACCAAGACAUUGGCUGGAGAGAAAAAGCACGGCGGCUUCUUCUCUUUUCCACAGACAGCGGCUUCCAUUACGCAGGAGACGGCAAGCUUGGGGGCAUUGUGAAGCCCAAUGAUGGGUCGUGCCACCUGGAGAACGGGGAGUACACGCAGAGCGUGCACCAGGACUACCCGUCCCUGAGCCAGAUCAACGCCAAGAUCCAGGAGCACAAGGUGAACAUCAUCUUCGCCGUCACGGCCGACCAGAUCGGCAUCUACGAGAAGCUGGGCAACCAGCUCGAGGGCUGCAGCAGCGGGCGUCUUGAGAAUGACUCUUCCAACGUCGUCCAACUCGUCCGGGAACAGUACGAUGUGAGUGGACCAACCACCCCGCUUUCCUGUCUUUCGUGACAUUAGUCUUUACGUCGGUGUACUUUGUCUCGCUGCGGCCCACCCU